AUGGGGAAUUGUCAAGCAGUAGAUGCAGCUGCUUUAGUUAUACAACACCCAUCAGGAAAGAUAGAGAGGAUGUAUUCAUCUGCAACUGCUAGUGAGAUCAUGAAGAUGAAUCCAGGACAUUAUGUUUCUCUUAUAAUUCCCUUGCCCGGUGCCGAAACCCUAGAUAACUCCGGGAAUAAAACCGUUAAAUUCACCAGAGUUAAGCUUCUCCGGCCAACUGAUACACUUGUUCUAGGUCGUGCUUAUCGCCUCGUUACCUCUCAUGAAGUUAUGAAGGUAUUGAGAGCGAAAAGACAAGCGAAGAUGAAGAAGGAGCUGCCGGAAUCAAUGGCGGAAAAGGAAAAGGAUAACGAAGAAACAAGUUCCGAAAUGGAGAACUCAAGCGAGGUGGCGACACAUGGAAGAAGAUACAGACAAAGGUCUGGAUCGUUUUCGAGGUCAAAAUCAUGGCGUCCUUCAUUGAAGAGUAUCUCCGAAGCUGCUAGCUAAUAGUUGAUCAUUGCUUCUGUGGCUUUUUUUAUUUCGAUCAACUAGAUCAAAUAAUGCAUCUGUAUAGUUCAGAGAAAAAAAAAAAAAUACUAGCAACGACGCUAACCCAGAUAUGUAUUAAUUUUGAAGAAUAUAUAUAUUAGUGUGGAGUUCAAAGUUGCCUCCUUUUUGUGUUCUUUCAUCAACUGAUGAGAAGAAAAUGUAUAACAAAAACAAGUUAUAUGGUGAUUAAUUUAGACUUUAGAGUUCCAAGUUUCCCGAAUUUACCCCUGGCAGCUUCCUUUGCCGGAGUUGAUUGACAUGUACGUGGACGGCCUGGUCCUCCAUACUUAAAUAGCUGGUUUCAUCAAGGGUAGUUCAGUCUUUUUACACCAUAGUGAAAAUAGUUGAGUUAUUGGCUUGUUGGUUCAGGGACACAU